GUCGUCCGCCUCGCGUCCGCGGCGAAGAAGAUCGCCGCGGGCCAGCCGGGCCUCGUGCGGGCGCGCCUCCCGACGAAGAUCUUCGGCGACGUGCACGGCCAGCUCCGGGACCUGCUCGUGCUCUUCGGCAGCUUCGGCUUCCCGUCGCACAAGCGCGGCGGCGACGUCGAGCUCUGCAGCUACGUCUUCAACGGCGACUACAUCGACCGGGGCACGCACCAGUGCGAGGUCGUGGCGCUCCUCUUCGCGCUGAAGGUUUUGUACCCGACGCGGAUCUACCUGCUCCGGGGCAACCACGAGUUCAAGGCGACGUCCGAGAACAUGAAGCAGGACAGCUUCCUCGCGGCGGUGGCGCGCACGUUCCCGGACCACCCGGAGGUCUACGACGCCUGUUUUGAUGUGUUCGCGUUCCUGCCGCUGGCCGGGCUCGUGGGCGACCGCAUCCUGGUCGUCCACGGCGGCGUCGGCGACGGGUCGUGGUCGCUCGAGGACCUCAACGACAUCCGGCGGCCGCUGGCGUCGCUGGGCGGCGAGGAGGCCUGGGUCACGCAGGCCCUCUGGUCCGACCCGUCCGACUCCGACGCGGACAUGCGGCGCGGCGUCCACAACUCGCCGCGCGGCGGCAAGAUAGUCACCUUCGGCCCGGACGUCACGGAGAAGUUCUGCGACGACAACGCGGUGGACGUCGUCGUGCGCUCCCACCAGUACGUCCGCCACGGCUACAAGUACAUGCACGGCGGCCGCCUCGUGACGCUCUUCUCCGCGCGGAACUACUUCGGCAAGGAGCGCAACGACAGCGCGAUCCUCCUCGUCGCGCGCGACGGCUACGGCCAGAUCCGCAUCCGCCCCAAGCGCCUGCCGGCGCUGGGGGCCGACGGCGCCGACUACCCGAGCCUCGCCUCGCAGACGUGA